CGGGAGGUGAGCCGUUACCACGGCGGGAAAGUAGGGGGCGGGGCGCGCGGGCGGGCGGUGCACACGGCACGCAGGCGCGCUGGGGGAGGGCGGUGCGCACGGCACGCAGGCGCCCUGCACGCGGCGCCGCCCCCGCCGCCCUCAGGAACCGCCGCCAUUUUGAAGCCGCCGCCGCCGCUGCCGGUUCUGUCACCGCUGCGCUCCCCCCACCGAGAUGCGUCCCGGCAUCAAACUCUUCGUGGGGAACGUCCCCGAGGAGGCGACGGCGGAGGAGUUGAGCGAGCUGUUCGCCGGCGCCGCGGGGCCGGUGCUGGGCGUUGCCCUCAUGAAACAGUUCGCGUUCGUGCACCUGCGGGACGAGGCGGCGGCGGCGCGCGCCAUCUCGCAGCUCAACGGGCACCAGCUGCACGGCCGCCGCAUCGUGGUGGAGCCAUCCCGGCCGCGCCCCACCAACACCUGCAAGAUCUUCGUGGGGAAUGUCUCGGCCGCGUGCACGAGCGGGGAGCUGCGCUCGCUCUUCCAACAGUAUGGCCCCGUGGUGGAAUGCGACGUGGUGAAAGACUAUGCCUUUGUGCACAUGGAGAACGAAGCCGAUGCUAAAGUUGCCAUCGAAAACCUAAAUGGGAAGGAGGUGAAGGGGCGCCGGGUGAACGUGGAGCUCUCCACCAACGUGCAGAAGAAGGGCACGGGCCAGGCGCCGCCGCCCGCCCUCGGCGUCGACAAGACCAAGCGCAUCGGCCUCGAGUACCGCGAGAAGUUCCAGCCCAAGAUCGAGGGCUUCGACCAGCAGCGGCGGGUGGCCGACGCCGCCUUCCCCUCGGCCGCGGGCACCGGCUACGCCACCACCCCCUCCCUGUACGAUUACCAGCAGCGCUUCGGCGCCAAGUUCGACGCCUUCGAUGCGCAGCCCCGGCCUGCCUCCCCCUCCUACUUUGGCAGGGACCGCAGCCCGCUGCGGCGGUCGCCUACCCGUCCUGGCUACGCCGCGGUGACACUCCCCAUGACGGCACAGCCGGCCGCCUACCGUGCCCAGCCCUCGGCCUCGCUGGGGGCCACGUACCGAGCCCAGCCCUCGGCCUCCCUGGGCGUGGCGUACCGCCCACAGCCCACCACGGGCCAGGCCGCCGCGUACCGCGUGCAGCCCUCGGCCUCGCUGGGCAGCGCCUACCGCUCCCAGCCCUCGGUCGGCUCCCUUGGCGCUGCGGGCGCUCAGCCCGCCGCCGCCAACUCCCUCGGCUCCUACGGCGCCCAGCCUGCUGCUGCCGCCUCGUACGGCGCCCAGCCUGCCGCCGCCAACUCCCUCAGCUCCUACAGCAUCCAGUCCGCCGCCCUGGCCUCCUCCUACAGUGCCCAGCCUGCCUCGGGCUACUCGGCCGGCUACAGCGCCCAGCCCGCCAUCGCCGCGUACGGCGCCCAGCCCGCUGCCGGCUCCGCCAGCUCCUACAGCACCCAGGCCGUGGCCGUGCACGUGGCGUCCUACGGCGCCCAGCUGGCCACAGGCUCCUACGGCACCCAGCCCAUGGAUAGCCACGCUGGCUCCUACGGUGCCCAGCCUGGUGCCACGCUGUCCGCUGGCUACGGCGCCCAGGCCGUGGCAGUGCACGCCAGCUCUUACAGCGCCCAGGCCGUGGCCGGCCACGCCGCCGCUGCCUACCAGCCAGUGGCCGGCCACUCAGCCUCCUACGGUGCCCAGCCCGCGCUGUCCAGCUCGUACGGCGCCCAGCCCACCGUGGGCCACUCGGCCUCGUACGGUGCCCAGCCUGCCGCGGGUCUGUACGGCUCUGAGCGCCGUAUGUCCGAGCUGGCCGAUUACCGGCGCUUAGCGGACUCGCCGCUGGUGUACCGCCGCUCGCCCGCCAAGUCCCCGCUGGACUACCGCCGCAUGCCGGACGCGCACAGCGAGUACGCCCGCUACUCGGGCGGCUACAGCGACUAUCUGCCCGCUGCCCGCGUCCACUCGGGCUACCAGCGCCGCCUCUGAGCUGGCCUCGGCCCCGCUCGCCGCCCCGCUGGGGCACGGACGGUUCUUUUUCAGCCCGUUCUUUCUGGUUUUGCUGUUUUGACUUUUUUAGAAGGUUCCGCGCUUACGGUUGGCAGUGGCCGCGUGGUUCAUCCCUGGCCGGCGCUCGGUGCCGGUUCGUAACCCGCCAACGGUUGUGGCCGUGUGGCUCAGACUCUUUUAUACCAUGAGUUGUCCCGUUUUUUGGGCAAAUUCCCCAUUUCCAGUGUCAGGCCCGGCAUGGUGCCGGGUUUUUUUUAUGACUGUAAAUAAAUGUUGGGGUCUGCUCUGGUUCCCAACGCCUCCUGCCUGGUUCUUUCCCACUCCUGGGAUCCUCUCCCACCCCUGGGGACACCUCCCGGUGCCACCAGCACCACCCGGCUCAGACUGGAGCCGCUCCCGGUGCUGGAGCUGGAGGCAGAUUUGGAGGAUGAGCAGCGUUCGGAGCCGGCAGCAGGAAGUGCCAGACACCACCACAUGCGACCGCUGGCACCAACCUGGGCCUUGUUUUGGGUGAGAAAAGCUGGUUUUGAGGGGUGGUGCCGAGUGUGAGCGAGAGCUGACGUGGCAUGUGGUGUGCCAGGGUCGUGGGUACCACCGUCACAACCAUGACCGUUCCUGCAGGCACUUCCCGUCCCCAUCUCUCCCCCAGCACCGGUCACAGCCCAGUCCCGGCUGUGCCACAGGAGGGAUGGCCAAGGCUCAUUAACCACCGCGGUAAUUAGCAAGGCAGGACGAUCUGAUGCUUCUCCCUUCUUUCCCAGGGUGGCCACACACCCAGAGUCCCCAGGUGUGGCGAUGGCAGCGCCCACAGGUGACCACGGCACCGAUCGGCGCUGGUGAGGCAGAACCGGCAACAUCAGCAAAGGCAUGUCCUGGGCUUAAUGACCUUAAUCAAUGAACACGGGGAGGCAGGAGAGCAUCUGGGGACAAACAAGCCAGUCUGGGGACUAAUUAGCCUUGGGCAGGUUAAGUGGUGGCUCCUGUGGCCCAUGAGGAGGAGGAAGAGCUGGGGGUGGUUAAAGCCCCUGUGUUACCCCUGGGUGCCCUUUUGGGGGGCCCUGGGACUGUUUUGGGGGCGCCCCCGUUUGCAGCAGCCCCUCCCUGGGAGCUCCGGUCUGCACGGGCCGAGCCAGGCAGGGCACAGGCAGCACCGGGGAGUCCGGAAGGUUCUGUGCCACGUUCUGAGGGGACUUGAGUGCAGAGAAAGAACCGGGGGUGGAGCCAGCGCCGUUUGUUAAAAAUUUUGAGUUUUAUUUUACCGGAAAGUGGGGUCGGGGGGCUCUAAAUCACUCGGUGGAUUCCACCCCCGCCGGCGCGGCGGCCUCCGGUCAGCUACGGCGUUGGGCUAAAAACCUACCACUGGAUUAUCCACCCUCUUAAAAAAUAAAGGAAAAAAAAAA